UUAACCGUAAAAGAAAGAAGAAAGGGAAGAAGAGGUACAAGUUUGUUUGUAGAGUCGUGUGUGUGGAAAGAUGAAGCAGAAUCGGCGAAGGGAGUGUUUGUCUAAUUCGAAUUCAGAAGGUUGGGCGAAAUCAAUGGUGGGAAGAGAACCCCCUCAGAAUUUGUUACCCUCCAAACACGACUUCCCCAGACUGGUGGCGGUGCUUGCACUCGCAUCGCUUGUUGCUUGGACCUGCAACUUCCUCUACACCUCUCUCCUCAAUCCUCCUUCCAAACCCUUUUGCGAUACCAACUUCCACUCUCUCGAUUACUUUUCCGAUGUCUGUGAACCUUGUCCAAGUAAUGGAGAAUGCAAUGAUGGCAAGUUGCAAUGUCUUCAGGGUUACCAAAGGCAUGGAAACUUAUGUGUAGAAGAUGGAGAUAUUAAUGAAUCAGCUCGAAAGACUGUGGAGAGAGUGGAACAACACCUUUGUGAAGAAUAUGCUAAACUUUUGUGCACUGGGAUUGGAACAGUUUGGGUUUGUGAGGAUGAUUUGUGGAAUUAUUUUGAGCCAGCGGGAAAUGUCAAAGUGGACAAUACUCUUUAUAAUUAUACAAAACAACGGGCGGUUGAGACAAUGGAUAAAUUACUGGAGACAAGGUUCAACAACUCCCGUGGGAUGAAGGAGUUUAAGUGUCCAGAUCUGCUGGCAGAGCAUUACAAGUCAUACGCCUGCUGUAUUCGUCAGUGGAUCUCACAGCAUAUUCUAAUUGUUUUGCCUAUUUGUGUCAUGCUUUUUGGAUGCACAGCUUUGUUCUGGAACAUACGAAAGAAACUAUCCAUGUCAAGACGAGUUGAGGAGCUUUAUGAUAAGGUCUGUGAAAUACUCGAAGAUAAUGCGUUGACAUCAAAGAGUGCAAAUGGUGAAUGUGAACCCUGGGUUGUUGCUUCUAGGUUACGAGAUCACUUGCUUUUGCCAAGAGAGCGGAAAAACCCUUUAUUAUGGAAAAAGGUAGAAGAUUUGGUUCAAGAAGAUUCUCGAAUAGAUCGCUAUCCGAAGUUGGUGAAGGGUGAAUCAAAAGUAGUAUGGGAAUGGCAAGUUGAAGGCUCUCUGAGCGCCUCAAAGAUGAAGAAAAGAAAAGAUGCGAGCCAAACGAGUGUCAAUGAAAGCAUGGACCUGAAUCAUCAACAACGCCCUGCAAUGAAAACAGAGUCUGUGGAACCAGUUUUUUGAUCUGGAGACUCCUCCGAACAGUAACUACUUUCUCUUGUAAUUUAUGGCGUCCUAAACUCGUGUCACAGCUAUAGUGCGGUCUUAUCUCGUUCGCAUUAAGCGUGGAUAAACUUAUCUUGUCUAUGUUUACAGCAGCAGAGGGCAAUAUGAGCGGCAUCGGUUGUAAGUGUGGCCUGCAUUUUUUAUUAAGCAUUUUUCACCAAAAUAAGUGUAGAUUCCUUAGGUAGGAAAAUCAUGUCCUUGAAACUCCUUAAAUCCAUGGAUCUCGAUUGACGGCUAACAAACUAGGUAUGUAGUAGAGCUAACUAAAGUUAAUUAAGCAUUUUUUUUUUCUUUUGAAAGACAAUCUAAUACAUUAAAGCAUACAAAGAAUGGUAUAAAUAUAUUGUAGUGAAGUUGAGGCAUAUGGAUGUGAUUAGAUUGUACAUGAAUUCGGCCCCUUAACAUAAUCUAAUAAUCUAACCUGUGUAGUA